UCGGGCGAGUUCUAAAGGGGAGCCGCCCCCCUCUCGCCUGUGAUAUAGUCUCGCGAGAGCGGCUUCCUUUCCUCUUUCUGACGGGACAGGCGGACAAGAUGUCUCUUGUAAUCCCAGAGAAGUUCCAGCACAUUCUUCGUGUUCUCAACACCAACAUCGAUGGGAGACGCAAAAUCGCCUUCGCCAUCACUGCCAUCAAGGGCGUGGGAAGGCGUUAUGCUCAUGUGGUGCUGAGGAAGGCCGAUAUUGACCUGAGCAAGCGAGCUGGAGAACUGAGUGAGGAUGAGGUGGAGCGUGUGAUCACGAUCAUGCAGAACCCCAGGCAGUACAAGAUCCCAGACUGGUUCCUCAACAGACAGAAGGAUGUGAAGGAUGGCAAAUACAGCCAGGUACUGGCCAACGGUCUGGAUAACAAGCUUCGUGAGGAUCUGGAGAGACUCAAGAAGAUCAGAGCUCACAGGGGCCUGCGCCACUUCUGGGGCCUGCGUGUGCGCGGUCAGCACACCAAGACCACUGGCAGGAGAGGCCGCACUGUCGGUGUGUCUAAGAAGAAGUAAUCCUCUCUCCCUCCCGCUCACGAUACCUUUUCAAUAAAGUCUAGAAAAAAA